UAAUUCGCCUUGAUUUAUUCUGUACUGACAGAAACAUGGACACAGCGAAAGAAAAAACAAUUUAGACUGCUGCUGUGAUUGGAAGAAAACAAAUAUCGCUAUGGGUACUAAUCACAUUUCUGAUGUUCUGGUCUCUCAUGAGUAUAUGACUUUGGAACAACAGCAGCAACAUCAAAUGCACCAACAUCAACUAAAUGUCAGCAUUAACUCCGAAAGUCCCCGCUCCCCGAUUGACCUACAGGAGGGAUCAUCGAGACCAGUACGCAAAGUCAACCAGAGGACUACUCAGUUAAGCAAUAAUAAUUAUGAGAUGGAAAUGACAGAUUCAAGUUCACAAAGCGAUGAUACAAGCGGGGGCGGCGGCAGCAGUAAUGGUGGCAGUGCACGGCCAUCCAGCCGCGGUAGGAACUCCCUAUCAAGCUCUGCACAAAGUCGCCGGAGGAAAGGUGUCCUUAACGCAAAGGAGCGUAAUCUGCGGCGAUUGGAGUCAAAUGAGCGCGAACGCAUGAGAAUGCACAGCUUAAAUGAUGCUUUUCAGUCCUUGCGCGAAGUCAUUCCUCAUGUGGAAAUGGAACGGCGCCUCUCUAAAAUUGAGACUUUAACACUGGCAAAAAACUAUAUUAUCAAUUUGACGCAUAUAAUUCUCACGAAACGUAAUGAGGAGCCAUCCUUGGAUUUGAAUGGAGUAAUUUUAAAUGGAGCUACUACCAGCGAUAUGAGCAAUAAUGGUGGGCUCGGAGUAGGCGAUGUUGGACUCGGUGUUGGCGUUGGUGUUGGUAUCUUGAGUCUAAAUGGCGCGGGCGGUGGCAGCAGCGCUGGCGGCGGACCCUGCUACGAUGAGGUCCUUACAAAUGGCACAAACACCUAUGAUUGUGCCUUAGCCGCUGCAGAUGUGGUAAAUCAGCCACCGCGUCUAACGACCGCCACCACCACCAUACAGAUACAGAAUCAAAGUCUCAGUCAUUUGCAGCCACAAUUGUCGCAACAUCUUAUGCAAUCGAACCACAAUCAAUUGAUGUUGCAACAAUCGAACGCUGCCACAAUACUACUCAACAAUGGUUUUGACACGAAUGACAACAACAAUAAUUAUGAUGAGCCAUUUCGAGAAUUUAUAUAA